GAAUUAUAGCGCAGAUAAAUUUGGCAAGUCCUCUGUGAUGUAAACCUUAAAGAUCCUGCUCUGUCUGUAUCUCGGCGGCUGCUUGUCGUUCCAGUUGCUCCAGGUUUCAGGUUGGGAAGCCUUGCUUUUUUCGAUCUCCAUUGCGUUGAUUUCAAGCGUUUUUCAAUCCCUUCCGCCAUUGUUGUUGGAGGUUUUAUCCGGAGUCUGGGUUAUGGCCGGCAGAUGUUUGCAUGCCAUUGAAAAUGAAAGGGAUCGGUUUCCACUCCCCUUCACUGGCCUGAACCUUUCUUGGUGCAUUGAGGACUGCUUUUACCCUAAUGGUGGAUUGUUUGCGAGUAUUGGUCACACCGGUUCAGGAUUUGGUAUUUCUUCAAGCCCGUCAAACUCUAGUAAUAAUAGUGUGGGAAUUCCAUUUUCUGAUCCCUUUCCCAAGUACGCAGCUCCUCCUCCUUUGAAUUGUAGGAUUCCUCUCGAGCAACAAGACACAGUAUUCGGUGCAGCUGACGGUGCUGUGGUAACUAAGGCAAAGAUCAAGGAGAAGGAUGUCCUCAAAAUCAGAGUUAAAGUGCGGGAUCCUUCUCUUAGGAGCUUUAUUAGUGGGGGAGUUGCAGGGGCUGUUUCCCGAACUAUGGUUGCCCCCUUGGAGACAAUCAGAACUCACUUGAUGGUAGGGAGUAAUGGCAACUCGACUAUUGAAGUUUUCCAAAGUAUUUUAAGGAAUGAAGGAUGGAAGGGUUUGUUUCGUGGAAAUUUUGUUAAUGUUAUUCGAGUUGCUCCAAGCAAGGCCAUAGAG